AUGUCGACUGGAUUGAGGCAGCGCGCCAACUCCAAUUCUAUCAAAAGCAAUUCGGUCCACUCCAACGAUGUCAAGCUCAAGCCCCCGACGCCCGGCCAGGACGAAUUUGCUUUUGAGCCCUGUGCAGCCACCGGCUCCUUCCUGCUCUACGCCCAGCGCAACGUAAUCCUGUGCCUUCACCACGAUACCCUGGCUGUAGAGAGACGUUUUGAGAGACACCGUGAAGACGUCUCGUGGAUAUCUGUCGACACAACCAGUGAAAGAGGCGCGGGCCGAUUGGUAGUGUCGUAUGACGCCGGCUCCACCGCCAUUGUGUGGGACCUAUUCACGGGCGAUGAAGUAGCUCGCUUUGCGUCAUAUGAACAAAUCAGGGUCGCAACCUGGAUGAGAAACGGAAAUGUUGCUUUUGGAAAUGCUCAGGGCAACAUCAUACUCUUUGAACCCUCAACAUCCGAGCACCUCUCGGCAAGGACCAUUUUUGACCCCAUCACAGCACUCGCACCCGCCGCAGAUUGCAGGACAUUUGCCAUUGGUUACCUCAAUGGAUCCAUACUGAUUGCAACCCUGCAACCUUCCUUUACCAUUCUUCACACCCUCACUACUCCCAGACAUCCUUCACCCGUUGCGGGUCUGGCCUGGCAUGGCUCAUCAUCCAAGCAAAAGUCGGAGAUGCUGGCGGCCCAAACCGCAGAUGGUGAUCUCCGCGUGUGGAGUGUACCCAAGGCACCUCAUGCAGGCGACAGUCCCUGUGUGAUCCGCGUUCUCAACCAAAAGGAGCAACGGGAGCCUGGUCCCUGCUGGUUUGCCUGGUCAAAGAAUGGCCGCAUUGUGCAGUAUACUGAAGGGCAAACCUGCGCCUGGGAUGUUCGUACAAAGAGAGUUUCCUACGAAACUGUACCCACGGCUGAUGGCAUUGCCGCUAUUUGCAACUACGGACCCACUGCCACCCUUUUCACUAUUGGACGCAACUCGAGUAUCCAGCAAUAUGACCUCAAUCCUAGCAAUGGCCCAGCAACCAUGGUUGCUAAUGUUCAGCAUGCUCCCGCUAACACACCGCCAUCCCCACCAAUCUCCCUAGAUGAGCAGAAGAAACAGAUGGAAACCCCACUCACUGCACUUCCCGCCAAGUCAUUGCCGAUAACGCUAUCCGAAUCCGAGAGCAGCGCGGACGAGGGCGUCGUUAUGUCGCCGCUGCAGAAGAUUGCUCAAGAGAUGGAUCAGUUGGAAGAGGAGCGCCGCGAUCGUGUUGGACCCCUGAGUCCUGUUUCAAGUCGAGGCUCUCAGAGCUCGCGGUCAUCUGGAAGCGGCCGUGCUCCACGUUACCGAUACGACAGGCCUUCACAGGGUUCCCAACGCUCUACGCGGUCCAAGAGCUCUGGCGGCUCAGGUACCAUUUUCUCUUCGGGCACAUCUUCGCUCAUGGGUACAUCAACACGUGAGAGUGUGUCAAUCCGGUCGUUAUCAUCAACCGCAUCAUCAUCUCGUUAUGCAACUUCAGGGCUACGAAAAGAAGUUCUCCGAAGCCCUGAAGAGGCUCAAAAAACUGAGCAUAUGGACCUCUUUCCCUUUACCAAAGCCCGGCUUGGCGAUGUUCCCUUCCGCCCUUCGGACCUCGGACCAGAACGCACUCCGGACGACCUUCGACUCAACAUGCUCAAAGUUGUCUUUGGCUGGGACAAUGACAUUGACGAGCUAGUACAGGAUGAACUUGCACGUCACCCACCUGGCUCUGCUGCUGCUGUGCUCCUUUCCAAAUGGUUGGGUGACCUCGGUGCUGACCUUAUGGCGUCCAUGGUUGGUUCAGAGUCGAUGACUUCCUCCGACUGGAUGCUGCUGGCUCUGAGCAACAUGGGUCAGGGUUCGCAGAAAAAGGUCGGUGAGGCCUUUGUACAGCGCCUCCUCGAAAAGGGCGACAUUCAUCCUGCAGUCGCAAUCUUCCUUGGGUUGGGCGAGCACAACGACGCCAUCGAGGUCUAUGUGUCUCGCAAGUAUUACAUGGAGGCUAUAUUGCUCACAUGUUUAACUUUCCCAACUGAUUGGCAGAGACAAUCGUACUUGGUCCGGAAAUGGGGUGAGUAUGCCGUCGCACACGGCAAGGCAGAGUUGGCUGUAAGAUGCUUCUCGUGUAUGGGUCUGGAAACCACCGAGCCCUGGUUCUCGCCCCGUGCUCAGGACGCUGUCUUCUCUGCACAGAAGCAAGCACUACUGGGCUCUCAAUUGAGUCCACCUUUGUCGCCACCAAGUAUCGGUAGCAGCAGAGUGGCGGCUAGGAUGGCUUCGCUCAAGCUGGUCACAGACUUCACCCGUGGUCCACAACCCAAGCAAAUCGUCCACGAGGAGGAUGACAAAACACCCAUGAAUGCUGGUGUCACCCCCAUUGCCGAAUCUGCCAUCAGCCCUGCUGUUGGAAAUCAUGCUUGGAUCGGACGCGCUACUCGUGAUGCUUCUCGAGAGCCUUCUUCAGCGCGGACUGCAACACCGGGUUCUUACGGUCGGAAGCGCUUUCCCUCGCGAUCCGAUGCUAGUAGAGGCACGACAAACAAUGAGUCUCUCGCUUCGCUGGCUAUUCCUGACCGUGGCCAACGCGGUGAAUCUCAUCCUAGGACUGCCGUUGACAAUAUUGGUCGUGAAGCAGAAACCCUGCCAUUUUCCACACGACGUGCAACAAGCGGCUCCAAGGAUUUCGUGUUGUCUGCAACAACCUUCAACCCUGAAAAGUCGAGCGAUCACCUACCGUCUCCAGCGGUAGGCGUAUUCGAAGUCUUGAAGGACAAGCGCAGCGAUUCACGUGCCAGCUCCAAGAGUAGAAACAUCCAGGAUCUCCAUCUCGAUAUGAAGGAGACUGUUGUUAUAGAGCAAGGCCCAGAGACCGGCUACACAAACAGACUGAGUCCUCCGUUGACCGGCGCAAGCAUCAAGAGCGCAAAGGCACGCAGCAUUGAUCAAUACAUCAGCAGUCUUGAGGAGGCAAACCACUAUGCCCAGAACCGCACCAACUCAAGAAACGAAGACAGACCUGCUUCGCGCACCGCGCGCACACGCAGCCGCAACCGUGAGGACUCACAGAACCGUGGGCGCUCUGGUGUGCGUUACAUUCACCCUGCAAAGCGCUCUCCUUCAUCGCCUGUACCAAUGUCUCCAGAGGAUGCAGGCAUCUACUCUUCUACCAAGAAAGAGGCUGGCACCAACACGGAAAACUUUGAUGAUGAGAGGUUCUACAAGAUUGGCAUUGCUUCUCCUGUAGUUACUGAAUCAGUUGCCAGCACUCGUACCGCAAGAAGCCGAGUGCGUCAUGGAGCGAGCAAAACCAGAUCCUCUUCCAAGACAGCAGGACAACGCACAGAAUCGCCUGAAGGGGCCGCACGCGCCCGCAGCAAAGGUGCCAGCCGAGCGUCAAGCCGUCGUCCAGCAGAUUAUCGCGGCCGGAGUGCCACACGUGGAGAGAAUUCGCCCGUAUCCCCUCAACCUAUGCAUCGGGAAGAAUCUGAAUCCUUCCUUGACCAAGAACUUGCUCGUCCGCGCCAAAGGAGCAGCAGCCGUCGUGCUGUGGAAGGUGUCACAAGCAGCCGUCGUGAGGCUUCUUCUGAGCGCCAUGCACCACGCGACCGAUCCAUGAGCCGAAAGCCUACGCCAGUGCUGAGGGAGUCCAGUCGCACCCGAGUCCACACGCGAGACCCAUCUCCCGAAUCCUUGACUUCGGGACGGUCAGGUGCCUCACGCAUGCGCCCCGGAGCCUUGUCGAAGAAGGCACUGGCUGCUCGAGAGCUAGAGGAGCGUAGGCUGUCCCUGGCUCGACGACCCUCUGCUCCAAUCAUUCCACACCCCGGCGAUCUUGCUUUCCGACCCGUCUCCCACGAGCGAUCGCACACCGACGACAUGCUGAGCUCAGUAUCCAUGUAUCGAGACCCUAUCCAGAGAAGCCAAACUGCGGACCCAGAGAUCAGCAAAAGGUACUCGCCUACGAAUCGAGCUGCGAUUGGUCCAACCUCGACGACAUCUGUGCCCAUUGGCCUGCCAGCAAAUCCACGUGCCAUGCGCCACCCUCGAUACAUGACUGCUGAUCCAAACGAAGAGGACAUCCCUGCUGUGCCAAGUAUCCCCAAUGACAUGCAAUUUGCCCAAGGUUCUCCACGUGCACAGGAAGACGACAUCGGUCCUCUUCUUCCUGCAACAACGUUUGGACAGCCCAUUUCACCUCAACGGUCAAUGUCGGCUCCUCCCCAGGAUAUGCAGCUGCCGUCUAGCUCGUAUGUCUCCCCCACAUACCCCGUAGUUGGUCGACGCCCUUCUCUGGGGGGAUCCCGCGGUCAUGCUCGACAAAACACAAUGCCCGAAGUUUUGCCUCCACCCAACUACAAGCGUCAUAGCCCACCUCCGAUUACAGCCAGCAUUGCCGAGACCAUCCAUGAAAGCCAGGUUGUGGUUUUGGCUCCGGACGAGACGGCGCCCCCUCUGCUAUCUCAGCUUCAGCAUUUGGCAACUCCACCACCACCGCCCCCACCACCGCUAAAUAUUGGCGGUGUUGGCAUGAUCAACAUUGCCAUUGAGGGUAACAGCCCAGGCGAGAAGCCCACGGAAAUGUCGCCUACAAACCCCUCGACCUCUAGCUCCCCACAUGCUCACCGACGGGGACGCGGUAGUGUGAGCGAGAAUCUUGGUAUGACUUUCAAGCGGGUCACUGAACGCAUGCGUAGCACUAGUCGCGGGCCUCAACGCGCAAAGUCGCCGCCAAUGACCCGUGCCGAGGUAUCUCCAUAUGAGAGUGUGCCCGAGUUCUCCUUUCCACGGGGUCCAGGUGCCCGCUCUCCCCCUGCAGAUGGCAGUCAUUCUGAUUCCUACGUGAACCAAAUCCCACCACCUCCACCUCCUCCACCGCCCUACCCUCAGCCCAUGGAGCAAGUCAUACCUCCAGAGAACAGCCAGCCUUUCUACAGGAACCCCAAGGAGCUCCGCGCCAAUAUGCCACCAGACACACUUCAAGCCGGUGUGUACCAAGGUGGCGAAACCCCCAUGAUUUAA